AUGUAUCCCGUAAAUGUUUACAAGAAACAGAAAAAAGACACCUCAUGCGAUUUAAAUAAGGACGACAUAGACUGUGUGAUCAGAGCUUUAAACGUUCGGAAUAUAACACUUUUAGAGCAAGAAUAUUUGAUGAUGGGUGUAGAAACUGAAAAUUACAUACGGCUACUGUUGGUUCUCGUUCGAGUAGGGAUGCUGGUUUGUAAAGGUAUCAUAGAUAAAGAACUAAAACUUGAAGACGCUGCUCUUCAUGUCGUCCUGGAACGACGUAAAAUAGAACACAUGAAGAAGCUUUUAAAGCACCAAAAGCUUAUACUUUUUCCAAAAAAUGGAAAUCCACAUGUUAAUGACCUUGACCUUUCUUUGCUGACAUUUGUCCUACAAAAUGUGAUGGAUCUUUCUGACACUGAAAAGGAAAACGUUAAAGUUAUCAAGGAAACAAGAAACACGUUAGCACAUACUUCGACAGCUUCAAUAGAGAAUGCUAAAUACAAGACCCUGAAAAAAGAUCUAGAAGACGCUUUGGAGAGGCUAUGCUUGGGACUUGAUGUUUCUCUUCAGGCCGAAUGCUCAACAUUAAUACAAAAGUUUACAAGCGAGCCACUUGAUGAGGCAACUGUUCUAAAGUACGCAAAAGAGCUGCGGAAUGAAGACAAGCUGUUACAAGAUCUAGAAGGAAUGUUGGAAGAACAUUCUAUAAGGAUUGUGCAAGAAGGAAUGUUGGAAGAACAUUCUAUAAGGAUUGUGCAAGAAGUAAAAGCAUCAGAGAACCGAAUACAAAAAACCCUAUCAG